AUGUCUUCGUCGAGGCCAGAACAACAAGUAGUCCAACAUUUCACCCAUAUCCAUCCAUUAACGAAGGUUGAUGGAUAUGGCGAGUACACAUGCGGUGGCUGCAAAACCUACGGCUUUGGGAAUACCUACCGUUGCGCCUGGUGUGACUACAAUCUCCACGAUCACUGUGCCACGUGUCCACCUACCCUCCCUAGCUUUAUGCAUCCACAGCACGAGCUCCGGUUACUCUUUACAGGACCAGAGCAUACGCACAGCCAGAGCAAACGUAUGUGCGACAUAUGCGACGAAUCCGUCGAGGGGCUCUAUUACCAAUGUGAGCCUUGCGGCUUUGACGUCCACCCACUCUGCACGCGGCUGCUUCAACACGUGAGGCACAUGCCUCACCAGGUUCAUCUAUUAGAGCUGAGUCAUUGGGGAGCGAGCAGCACAUGUGUGGUCUGCCACGGCGCGAUCCGGUCUUGGCGCUACAAGUGCGGUCCAUGCGGGUUAGAUGUACACAUGGAAUGCGUUGAAUCGUCUGCAACGACGGGGAUUCAACAAAGAUGUUACGGGCCGCAACCGCAUUUUCACCAGCCUUAUUACAAUUACAAUCACGGAUAUGCAUAUCAAGGUCAGGGUCAAGAGUCCCGUCCGAGCAUAGGAAGAAGAAUGUUUGGCAUUCUGAUGGCUUUAACGGUUGGGGUUGUGUGCAAUAUCAUGGCUUCGCCGGUCUCUGAGAUCUUUACCGGCGGCUUUUAA